AUGAUGGAAUUUGUUUUAUUUUUAGGGGUGUGUUUCGCUUUGGGUGGUUUAGCGGUUGCGUCCAACCCGUCUCCUUAUUAUGGGGUGUUAGGGCUGGUAGUAGCUGCUGUCGCGGGAUGUGGUUGAUUAGUGAGUUUAGGGGUUUCUUUUGUGUCUUUGGUGCUUGUGAUAGUUUAUUUGGGGGGGAUGCUGGUGGUAUUUGUUUAUUCGGUUUCGUUAGCGGCAGAUCCGUAUCCUGAGUCUUGGGUGAGUUGAGGGGUUGUUGGUUAUGGGUUUGGAAUGGGGUUGGUUGUGUUGGUGGGUCUUGUUGUGGGGGGUAUGUUGGGGUUAUUAGCGGAGGAUAGUACUGUUAAUGGUGGGGGGUUAUUGUCAGUUCGGUUGGAUUUUAGUGGGGUGGCUGUUCUUUAUUCAGAGGGUGUUGGUUUACUUUUAAUUGGUGGGUGAGGUUUAUUGCUGACUUUGUUUGUGGUGUUAGAGCUUGUACGGGGGUUAUCUCGGGGGGCGAUUCGGGCUGUUUAG